GUUUUUUUUUUUCAUUUGUAUUUCUUUCCUUUUCUCUCUCUUUUCCUUCUUCACUAAAUAGUUGAUUCAUUAUCUCGUUUACUCUUUCUUGUCGUACAAUUUUUUUCCUUUGUCGCCCGCAUUAAAAAAAAAAAAACUCGACAAAAAAAAAUCGAAAAAGUCUCGUCGACGAAGACCCACCUUGCCAAAUAGUUCCAGAGAAAAAGAAAAGAAUUUUUUUAUAUUUUCUUGGUGGAAAAUAAUUCUCUAACAAAACUACGAGAAAAUAAAAUAAAAAACAAACAAAAUUGUGACUGUUUUUGAUUCUUAUCAAUUUUGUUUUUUUCUUUUUGAUGAACUCUCGUCGUCGUCGGACAAAAAAGCGUGCAAAAUAAAUAAGCUCCUUGGAUGUGUAGUCGUCCCGCAGGCGCCGCGGUUAUAGCCACCAAAUCAUCUCGAGAACUCGAAUCCGGGAGGCGCUCCGCUGUGCCACCAUUUACAUUAAAUUGUCAUCGCUUUGCAGUUAUUAAAAUGUCGAUAAUGAGUGUAAAAUCACUUAAUUCACAUAAAAAUGAAGAAUAUCUUUGAAUAAAUUUUGAAGAAAAUCAGGAAAAGUAAAAAACGAGAAAACAACGAAAAAAAAUAUCGAAAAAUUCAAUAAAAUUGCAUUUUUAAUGUUUUCGACGCAAGUUCCCUAAGGAAUUUCCCAAUAUUCCCCACGGAUAAGAAAAGGAAGUUUGAGAAGACAACACUUUUCUGCCUAGACAAAUUGUCACAGUCAUUUCCAUCAGGAUUUGAUUGUUAAUCGAGAAAGAGUUACCCGGAGUCUGGAGGAGCAGCAGGACAUAAUCCCACAAGUAAAAAUGUCCGGCUUAAUAGACGAAGAUCGCAGAAAAAGAGCGGCGCUUUUGGAGGAGAGGAUGCGUGAUCCAUUUAGCCAUGCCAAUGUGGAUUGCUUGUUGGAUACAGUCACAGCACUGGUUGCAGAUUGUGACCAUGAAUCGCUUAAAAUCCUUAAAAACAUAGAAUCAUAUGCCUCGCGGUAUAAAUCACUGGCAAAAGAGAUUGCUGAACUGCGUAUGAAUGUAGACGAUUUUCAUUUCAUCAAGCUCAUCGGUGCGGGAGCAUUUGGCGAAGUGCAACUUGUACGACAUAAAUCCUCUAAGCAAGUUUACGCAAUGAAGCGUCUUUCAAAAUUCGACAUGAUGAAACGGCCAGACUCGGCGUUUUUCUGGGAGGAGCGUCACAUCAUGGCUCACGCCAACUCCGAGUGGAUUGUGCAAUUGCAUUAUGCAUUUCAAGAUACCAAGUAUCUGUACAUGGUGAUGGACUACAUGCCUGGCGGUGAUAUAGUCAGUCUAAUGUCCCUUUAUGAAAUUCCCGAAAAAUGGGCAAUUUUUUACACAAUGGAAGUGGCCCUCGCAGUGGACACAAUUCACAACAUGGGCUUUGUGCACCGGGAUGUGAAACCAGACAACAUGCUUUUGGACAAAAAUGGUCAUUUAAAGUUAGCUGACUUUGGUACGUGUAUGCGAAUGGGACCAGAUGGUUUGGUAGUGUCAAGCAAUGCAGUUGGUACACCGGAUUACAUCAGUCCUGAGGUAUUGCAGUCACAAGGAGUUGACAACGAAUACGGCCGUGAAUGUGAUUGGUGGUCUGUGGGAAUAUUCUUGUACGAAAUGCUGGUUGGUGAUACGCCUUUUUAUGCAGAUAGUCUAGUCGGCACCUACGGCAAGAUAAUGGACCACAAAAACUCCUUAUCAUUUCCAUCUGAAGUCGAAAUAAGCGAGAAUGCCAAGUCGUUGAUACGUGGUUUUCUGACUGAUCGAUUACAUCGGUUGGGUCGUCAUGGUAUCGAUGAAAUUAAGACGCAUCCAUUUUUUCAAAAUGACACGUGGACUUUUGAAAAUAUAAGAGAAUCUGUGCCACCAGUUGUCCCAGAACUUAGUAGUGAUGAUGACACACGCAACUUUGAAGAUAUCGAACGCGACGAGACCCCUGAAGAAGUAUUUCCUGUGCCUAAGACUUUCGACGGAAAUCAUCUGCCGUUCGUAGGCUUUACGUACAGCGGUGACUACCAGUUAUUGGGCACCGAUACUGUAGACACAAAGAGUGCCGCUACAAACAACAAUAUUCACCGCCAUCGGCCAUCUAACUCAAAUGAACUUAAGCGACUGGAGGCGUUGCUGGAACGCGAACGCAAUCAUUCCGAUACGCUAGAGAAACAAGAUACUGCUCUGCGUCAACAAAUUGAGGUGAUUACUAAGCGCGAAGCUGAAUUGCAACUCCUUGUAAGCGAUUAUGAGAAAGAUUUGGCGAUUCGUAAACACAAUUACAAAAUGGCCAUGCAAAAGGUUGAACAGGAAAUGGAAUUGCGCAAGAAGACCGAAGCUCUGCUUGCCGAAACCCAAAAGAAUCUCGACGAUGAGCAUAAGAUCCGUACACGUGAAAUGAACAACAAUCAGCACCACAAUGACAAAAUUAACACACUUGAAAAACAGCUGGCUGAUAUGCAAGAAAAUCUUAAACUGGAAACAGAAAACAGCCAAAAGUUGAAGAAACAAGCGGCAGAGCUGCGUCUGGGGAAAACAGAGGUCGAACAAAAGGUCACUCAACUGCAGGCUCUUAUAUCAAAUCUACAGAUUCAACGUGACACUCUGCAACAAGAAGUAGCCGAGCUACAAACACGACUUAUUCAAGAGAAAAAUGCCCGCACACAGAUAAAAGAAGUUCAAAAGGAGCUGGAGAGUAAACUACAAACUGUAUCCACUGACCUUGAUCGUUGCCUUAAUCGGGAGCAACAGGCAAUAGUGGACAAUCAAACUCUGAAUGAGAAGAUCUCGGAUUUGGAAAAGUCCAAUGCUAGCUUAGACCUAGAGCUGAAAGCCGCACAAGGAAGAUAUCAACAAGAGGUAAAGGCUCACCAAGAAACGGAGAAAUGCCGAAUGUUGAGUCGCGAAGAGGCAAACAUGCAGGAAGUUAAAGCACUGCAAACGAAACUCAACGAAGAGAAAUCGGCACGUAUUAAGUCCGAUCAUAGUUCGCAAGAAAAAGAGCGUCAAAUAACUAUGCUCUCGGUAGAUUAUAGGCAAAUUCAACAGAGGCUGCAAAAACUCGAAGGAGAAUGGCGACAAGAGACCGAAAAGGCAAUGGUCUUACAGAGUCAACUGGACCAAGAGCAGAGCAAAAAGAAUAAUCUUGUGUCUGAGUUGAAUUUACAAAGUUCCGAAGUAGCCCAUUUAAAAUCUCGCGAAGGCCAAUUGCAGAAAGAAGUUAAUCAGUUACGAGAAACUAAACGGAAGUUUGAAGAGGAUAUAGUUCAGAUAAAAAAUGCUCACAAUAAAGAUAUUCUUUCAAUGAAGGAACUACAAGAUCAACUAGAAGCCGAACAAUAUUUCUCUCGUCUCUACAAAACACAGAGUAACGAACAUCGUGAAGAAAUCAACGAAAGAUGUCGCGAAAUUCAAGAACUGAAGGAAGAGCGCGUCUCGCUCAAACAUCAAGUUCAAGUUGCUGUGGCGCGAGCCGACUCAGAAGCACUGGCGAGAUCUAUUGCCGAAGAAACAGUGGCCGAUUUAGAGAAGGAGAAAACAAUCAAGGAGCUUGAACUUAAAGAUUUCAUGACAAAACAUCGUAAUGAAAUUGCAGCUAAAGAAGCUGCCCUGGUGGCUAUCAAAGAAACUGAAGCUGAAUUCUUGAAGAAGCUCAACAAACAAAUUGCUGAGUGUGAGGAAUUGCUUCAGCAGAAUAAAAUUAUGCAGGAAGAGAUGAUACAAGUUAAGUCCGACAAAGACAACGAAAUUGUUAAACUUAAAGAAAAAUGGAAGACUGAGAUGUUACUUAAGCAAGUGGCUGUCAAUAAGCUGGCCGAAGUGAUGAAUCGCAAGGAUACUGAUUUGCAGAGCAAACAAAAAGCAAAAGUUCGCUCAUCAGCUGAUUUACGUAAAAAAGAAAAGGAGAGUAGACGCCUGCAACAAGAACUUACUCAGGAGCGUGAUAAAUACAACCAAUUGCUGCUUAAAUUCCAAGACCUUCAAAGUCAACUCAUUGAAGAAAGUCAUGCACGAACUAAGCUGCAAAUGGAAAUCGACUGUAAAGCAACAGAGAUCGAACAAUUGCAAUCGAAAUUAAAUGAAACAGCCUCGCUUUCAUCUGCCGAUAAUGAUCCAGAGGAUAAUCAAGAUUCAGUCUUUGAAGGCUGGUUAAGUGUGCCAAAUAAACAAAAUAUUCGCCGACAUGGAUGGAAACGGCAGUUCGUUAUUGUAUCAUCAAGAAAAAUAAUAUUUUACAAUUCCGAGAUAGACAAACAGAAUACAAUUGAUCCUGUGCUUAUAUUAGACUUAAGCAAAGUAUUUCAUGUACGUUCCGUGACACAAGGUGAUGUCAUUCGUGCGGAUGCCAAAGAAAUUCCUCGAAUAUUUCAAUUAUUAUACGCCGGUGAAGGCGAGGCUAGACGCCCAGAAGAACAGAAUCAAUUAGACAUCAGUGUGUUAAGAGGAGGAUCUGGGGAUGAGAGGCCCGGGACCAUUCUGCACAAGGGUCAUGAGUUUGUCCACAUUACAUACCAUAUGCCAACUGCUUGCGAAGUUUGUCCAAAACCGCUCUGGCAUAUGUUCAAGCCGCCGGCGGCCUACGAAUGCAAAAGAUGCCGCAAUAAAAUCCAUAAGGAACAUGUAGAUAAUAAUGACCCAUUGGCCCCAUGUAAAUUACAUCACGAUCCUCUUAGUGCUAGAGAAAUGUUAUUGCUAGCUGUAACGCCAGAUGAGCAACAUCUUUGGGUUACUCGUUUGUCUAAACGUAUCCAAAAGAGUGGGUAUAAAGCGAAUUCAUCAACAAACAAUAAUUGUUCGGGAGAUGGUAGUAAGAUUUCACCAAGUCGUGGUGCUACCAAACAGUAAAAAACUUAAAGUCAAAGUUAUCUUCAACAUCUUUAAAGAACUGGGAGCAGCUAAACAAUGAUUAUAUUAAAAAAAAAAAAAAUUGUUCAAAGUAAAAACACAUAAAUAAUAUACCUACCUAAUUCUUUUUCAUCAAAAUCAAAAAUAACUAAGGCAUAACAUAAUGAAUUUGUAUUUUAGAAACAACAUUCCCGAUUAAAACAUAACAUGCCUCGUACUUUGUACAUACAUUUAUAUAUGAUACAAUAACAACUACUGUAGAAGUUCAUGAAUUUAAAUUAAAAUGAAUAAAAAAAAAAACUUGAACAAUCAGUAUACUCGUAGAAGAGCUCACACAAGCAAAACUGCCUUAAGUGCUCCUUUAGUAUAUUUAAAUAUUUUGUAGAUGUACUUAUUUCAUUAAACAUAAAAAAAAAAUAAAACAAAACAAAAGAAAACAAAGCAAUAAUUGAUGUUCAAUUCGAUUUUAGAACUCAAAAUUAACUCAAACUUAAAGUACUUAGAUUAAAAAAAAAAAUAUAUACAUAUAUAAAAAAUUAAAACAUUUUUAAUUGACACAUACUACACACAUUUUUAAAUAUUAUAAAACUAACCGCCUUAUUAAUCAAUAAAUUAUGUAGAUAAAGUAUACAAUUUUAGCUUUUACUAGUUUUGAUUUAAAAAUAAAACAUACAAUUACUACGAAAUCAAGACUCAAAACAUUUUUUGUACCACGGGUGUGUAUAUAAAUUAGCAUCCACUUUUAUAAAUUUGUAUUAACCAAGCCCAGAAAUUUAUCAAAAACACAGACCUAAAUUUUCAAAAUAUUUAAAACUCGACUCUAAUGCCGGUAUUCUUUUCAAGCGCUCAUAACUUAUGAGCUUACAUAAAUUAAGUUUUCGGAGUCAGCAAUCAUAAAUUAAAAACGGUCGGCACCACUCAUAAGUUGUAUGACUAGCCCUCUAAAGUUAAACUGGCCUAAAUGUGUACUAAAACGAGGCUCGAAUUUAAACACACACAAAUUUGGUUCUCUUAAAGUCGAGUCCCAUUUUAAUGUUGGUUUUAAAUAUUUGGAAAUAUGCGCCAUAGAUUUUAUUUCAACACAUUACAUUUAUAUACACAUCUGUGUUAAAACAAUUUUUUAGACACAGGUAAUCGAACUUAUCAUGAAUUCUAUUCGUUUCGUGAAUUUUGUACGAAUCCUGAAAAAAGAUAUCACAGAACUCAUAGCAAUUGUAAAUCUAAUACAAAUUACGAUACGAAUGGAAUUCAUGUUAGGGCAGAUUUUUUAGGCACUACAAUAUUUUGUAAUUUAAAAAAAAUUUUCUCAAUCUAAACAUUAAAUAUAACAAAGAGAAAAUGAGUUUUUUUGGAAGAUACGCUCUUUUAUGUAAUGUGCUCUCUUUCGCUUGAAAGUAAAUAAUUGAUUUAUCACUUAAGACCAAAUUACAAUAAGUAUAAAAUUUAUUUUUUUAUUUUUGAUAGUAUUUUAGAAUUAAUGAAUUUAUAAUAAUAACUCGAUAAAUC